AUGCCAGUCAAUCCUGUUCCCCGGGCCGACCUGAAGAACUUGAAGCUACCUUCCAACCCUCAGACGUGGCGUGCCGAGAUAGAUCAACUUGGGCUUUCGAAAGAAACUGUACAUGGUCGCAGCCUAGCUUCGGCUUCCCAAAUGGGCUAUGAUCAGUUUCUACUUCUUCGAGUUUUAUGGAAUGUUCGAAAGGGAAAAAACUCUUCUGCAGUGGAUUCUCUGUCCAGUCUCCUUUCUCUGGGAGAUGAGUUAAAGCAGGCUAAAAUCAGACUGAAUGGAUACAAGUCAUGGAUUCAAUAUUUCCGGACCUUUGAGGACUCAACUAUUUCGGAAUCGACUUUCGCUCUUGCUCACCAUUAUCGACUGGAGGUCACAAAGACGAAAGAGGACGAUGCCGCUGUACACUUUUUUACUCCUAUCGCACAGCGUACCAGAUCACAGGCCUCAAAAUCCCUACUUUAG